AUGACAGCUGGGGCCUGGCAGACAGGGAAAGAGAUGGCAGGCCUGGUGACCUUGAAGCAUGUGUAUGAGAUUGCCUGCAUCAAAGCUCAGGAUGAGGCAUUUGCCCCGCAGGACGCACCCCUGUCCUCUGUUGUCCAGUCCAUCAUCAGGUCUGCCCAUUCCCUGGGCAUUCGCAUGGUAAAGGACCUCAGUUCAGAAGAGCUUGCAGCUUUCCAGAAGGAACAAGCCAUCUUCCUGGCUAUUCAGAAGGAGGCAGAUUUGACCACCCAGGAAGAAGAUGCCAAGAAGUGA